AUGGCAUUGUCUUUAAAGGCUCCGGCAUUGCCCUCCAAACCACUGCAUACAACAUCAGCGCUGGUAGGCAAGGGGUACUCGGGAGCUGGUCAGGCUGGUGCGUUUUUGCACACCAUGGCAGUGUUACAGGCAUACCUAGUCGACCUGCUCAAAGAGCUAGACGUGGGUUCUACAACUUCCAGCUCUGAUCCAUGCUAUAAUUAUACGAUCCUUGAUGAAUACUGGAGAGACAUACAAGCAAACUAUUACUACUCUUCACGUAAUGACAGUCUUGUUGAAUGGAGAGGCUGGUAUCGGCUGUAUCUUGGAGGACUCAGUGCUCAAAUGUCGGAGUGGUGUGUGAGUACUACACAUUGUGGUGGUGAAACUGGAUUGUCUCUCAAUGGUUCUCAUCCAAGACUUGAGGAUGGAGUGGUGACCCGUGAAGUGGUGGGAACUAAUGCUUUGGUGUGGAUGUGGUCGACUUCCUCUUGUGGCAGCUACAAGUCCAACUCCAUUCGAGUCAAAGCUUGUCCUGGAAAUUAUUACGUCUAUGAACUUGUCAAACCCAACGCAUCAAUCCCCAAGCCAAUGUACUGUGCAGUUGCUUUCCAAAACAUCAGCAGUGAUCCCUGCUAUAACUAUAAGUCUCUGGAUCGUCCCUGGAGAGCCAACAAUGAAAGUGGAGAUAGCAUUUGUGAUUAUUCUUUCUCCUGGAACGGCUGGUACCGGCUUUUAUACCGUGGAAUGAACAUCCAGUUGCCAGAGACUUGUGUUAGUUCAUACAGAUGUAACACACCGAUCCCCCUGUGGCUGAACGGUCCUCAUCCUCGGAUUGUGGACGGAGUGGUGAUCAGAGAGGUCUGUGGACAGUACGGGACUCAAUGCUGUGAUUACAAACCAAGACCAAUCAGAGUUAAAGCAUGUCCAGGAAAUUACUAUGUCUAUGAACUUGUGAAGCCAAACUGGUGUGCAGGAUAUUGUACAAAUAUUAGCACCAUUUCACAGCCGAUUACCACUAUACGUCCAGCUAUAACCACUAGAACCAACAACACUUUGAAUUAUGACCCAUGCAUUAAUUACAACACACUCAAUGACAGUUGGAGAAACAUACUCAGUUAUGGUUAUGGAUCCAAUGCUAAUUAUGAUGACACAGAUGCUAACUGGGAUGGCUGGUAUCGACUCUUCCUUAAUAGAUUGAGUGCUCAGAUGCCUGAAUGGUGUGUGUCUUACUUGGCAUGUGGAGGUUUUAGUUCUCUGUGGCUUGCUGGCUCUCAUCCUCGACUAGAAGAUGGAGUUGUUACUCGUGACAUUUACGGCUCUUACUAUGAGCAGUGCAGUUACUACCGAUCCGACCCAAUACAAGUCAAAGCUUGUCCGGGAAACUAUUAUGUCUACAAAUUUACCAGGCCAGCUCUUUCAAUCCCAUCUCCUACAUAUUGUUCAGUACGUUUCACCACCCCAAGUGUUGACCCUUGCUACAACUAUAACAGUCUGAAUGAGACUUGGAGAGCAACAAACAAUUCUUUCAAUAGUAGCAAUAUAAGGUGUGACUACUUCCAGGGCUGGUACAGGCUGUUCUACAAUGGUCAGAAUGCCCAGAUGCCAGAAUCAUGUGUAAAUCAAUACAUGUGUGGCACUUAUUACCCAAUGUGGCUCAACGGCUCUCAUCCGCGACUGGAAGAUGGGGUGGUCACCCGUCAGGUCUGUGGCUCCGGGUGGAGUGACUGCUGUUCUUACAGUUCUCUCCCUAUACAAGUCAAAGCCUGUCCAGGAAAUUAUUAUGUUUAUGAGUUUGUCAGGCCAGUAACCUGUGGAGCUUACUGUGCAGAUGUCACAAGACUUAGUGCAGCCUCUUCGACAACAGCAGCAACACCAAGAACAGCAACAGCAUCCAUUACUCCAAGAGUCACAGCCAGUGGUUCUACAACUUCCAGCUCUGAUCCAUGCUAUAAUUACACGAUUCUUGAUGAAUACUGGAGAGACAUACAAGCAAACUAUUACUACUCUUCACGUAAUGACAGUCUUGUUGAAUGGAGAGGCUGGUAUCGGCUGUAUCUUGGAGGACUCAGUGCUCAAAUGUCGGAGUGGUGUGUGAGUACUACACGUUGUGGUGGUGAAACUGGAUUGUCUCUCAAUGGUUCUCAUCCAAGACUUGAGGAUGGAGUGGUGACCCGUGAAGUGGUGGGAACUAAUGCUUUGGUGUGGAUGUGGUCGACUUCCUCUUGUGGCAGCUACAAGUCCAACUCCAUUCGAGUCAAAGCUUGUCCUGGAAAUUAUUACGUCUAUGAACUUGUCAAACCCAACGCAUCAAUCCCCAGGCCAAUGUACUGUGCAGUUGCUUUCCAAAACAUCAGCAGUGAUCCCUGCUAUAACUAUAAGUCUCUGGAUCGUCCCUGGAGAGCCAACAAUGAAAGUGGAGGUAGCAUUUGUGAUUAUUCUUUCUCCUGGAACGGCUGGUACCGGCUUUUAUACCGUGGAAUGAACAUACAGUUGCCAGAGACUUGUGUUAGUUCAUACAGAUGUAACACACCGAUCCCCCUGUGGCUGAACGGUCCUCAUCCUCGGAUUGUGGACGGAGUGGUGAUCAGAGAGGUCUGUGGACAGUACGGGACUCAAUGCUGUGAUUACAAACCAAGACCAAUCAGAGUUAAAGCAUGUCCAGGAAAUUACUAUGUCUAUGAACUUGUGAAGCCAAACUGGUGUGCAGGAUAUUGUACAACCGAUUACCACUAUACGUCCAGCUAUAACCACAAGAACCAACAACACUUUGAGUAA